GAGGCUUUCCAACAACGCCAUAUCUGGCCCGCUCCCCGCCGCCCUGGGGAACCUCGUCAACUUAGAAAGCCUGGGCGUCUCAGGCACGCGGCUGACCUGCCCUGCAGGGGGCAGCAAGUGUGUGGUGCAGCAGAGAAACACCACCAGGUUCUGCCGUCUCUGCUUCUCUUUCUGCUCCUCCUGCACACCCCGUACAUGUAA